GUUCUAUUAUGUGGGCUUUGGUACGCUACCUCCGCCAUCUCAUCUAAUACUGGCAAGGCUAUCUUGAACCAGUUUCGUUACCCUAUAACCCUCACCUUCGUGCAAUUUGGCUUCGUUGCCUUCUACUGCCUAUUAUUCAUGUCCCCGCUAGUUCGCCUUUCCAGAUUGCGGAUGCCGACAAAAAACAUCAUACAAAGCACAUUUCCCAUGGGCCUGUUCCAAGUGGGUGGUCACAUCUUCUCCAGCAUCGCCAUUUCCCGCAUCCCCGUCAGCACAGUGCACACCAUCAAAGCAUUAUCCCCCUUAUUCACCGUAGCCGCGUACGCUCUCCUCUUUGGAGUCAGUUACUCGAGCAAAACAUACAUUUCACUUCUUCCGCUCACCAUCGGCGUCAUGCUUGCAUGUUCGUUCGAUGUAUCGGCAUCAAACGCUACGGGCCUUCUCUGUGCCUUUGGUUCUGCUCUUGUCUUUGUGAGCUCUAAUAUCUUCUUCAAGAAGAUUAUGCCGUCAAACACAGGCGGUUUAUCGCAACCCACCUCGCACAAGCUUGACAAGAUGAAUCUCCUCCUAUACUCCUCUGGAAUGGCAUUUAUCUUGAUGAUCCCUAUUUGGGCGUACUACGAUCUUCCCCUGUUCCUGAGGAAUAAUUCGGAGCACCUCGUUCAUCCCUCUCAUGGCCAUUCUGCACCCCACUCUGUGACGUAUUAUUUCUUUAUGAAUGGUACAGUCCAUUACGCCCAGAAUAUCAUUGCCUUCGUCAUUCUAUCAUCGACAUCUCCCGUCACCUACUCGAUUGCGUCGCUCAUCAAACGGGUGGUCGUGAUCUGCAUCGCUAUUGUCUGGUUUAACCAAACCGUCCAUCCCAUUCAAGCGUUUGGGAUCGUUAUGACAUUCACCGGCCUCUACAUGUACAACAAUGCAAAGGCAGACGUUGAAAAGGGUGAAAAGAAGAUGCGAAGAGUAGAGGCAACGAGAGACAUGAUGUUGCCUACCACC